AUGGUCGUCAUCUCGGGCCUCCCCGAAUACGAAAGCCAUGAACGCCAACCCAGCGUGUCUCCGGCCAUUCCCCCCUUUGCGGGCAGACUGGGCGGGCCCCAGGAAUACUUUGAUCGUAACGAUCCCCGGAAUUCGAAGCUGUUGAAGAAGGUUCCCGAUGCGGCGCCCAGUAUGCAUCUGUCUGAGGUUUUUGAUCUGCGUGGCUUUAAGAGUAUGGAUUUGUGGAAGUUUGCGGUGUUGGAGUGCAUUGGCAGCAUGAUGAACACCUUCAUCACCUCCUGGGUAACAAUCCACGCCCCCUCCACCCUCGCAGCCCCCAAAACUGAAGCCGGCAUCUACCACACCGUCACCUUCUUCUCCCCCCUCUUCGGCGGCAUCACCAACCUCCUCCUCAUCCCGCUGCUCAUCUACACCUUCUCCCCCUCCAGCGGCGGCCACAUCAGUCCCACCAUCACCAUGGCCACCUUUUUUGCCCGUAUGAUUUCCUUCCCGCGCAUGGUGCUCUAUCUAGCCGGGCAGACGUUCGGCGGUGCGCUCGCUGGCUGGGCCAUGCGGACUGCGUACGGGAGUCGCGAGUUCACCGUCGGCGGGUGCUAUUUCGACACCGACGUCGUGCCGGUGAAAGAUGCCCUGGUGAUUGAGUUUAUGAGUUGUUUGAUUCUCGUGUAUGUGGAGUUUGGGGUUGCGUUGGAUCCGCGCCAGGCGAGGCUGUUUGGCCAUGCGGCGUCGCCGUGGUUGGUGGGCAUUGUGCUGGGGAUUGUCAGUUGGGGGUCGGCGUUUACGAGAGAGGGCUAUAUCGGGGCCAGUGUCAAUCCGGCGCGCUGUUUUGGUGUUUAUGUCGCGACCGGCUUUCCGGGGUAUCAUUGGAUUCAUUGGGUUGGUCCGUUGGCUGCUUCUAUCGGACAUGGCUUGAUCUACUAUCUAGAUCCUCUCUGGGUUGAUCCCAGGCCGCACAGUUUAUAA